AUGACCAUUCACCAAAUGGGCUCGGUGCUUUUUGUCAGGAGGAGAUACUACUGUGUGCAACCACGAGACCCAGACAGCAGAGCGCAAACAGACUCCGACGAAGAGGGUUGUGUUGACAUUACCAAACAUCAUUCUCUUCUGUCACGAGUUGAAAUGGCAGGGGGAGGAAGCACAGUAUUUUGGAGUCUGUUGCUUGCUGUUGUGCUUCUAAGCAACAGCUGUUCCGUGCUUUGUGCAGAUGGAGAGACAGCUGUUCAAGAAAAUGAGUCGACAGGCAACCCCCCUCCCUCGCCCAUCGCGCUGACCAUCAAGGAAAUCCACAAAGUGAUGCGACACGACGACCCGAGCGGCAGACAGCAGAAUAUAAGGCUGGUUGUUGAUGAGCACGACCCGAUCUCAGGCGCCGAAACGUUGAGCCUGACUGUGCAAACGUUCGACAACGAGACGAUUACAUACGAAGCUGUCCAGGUACCGGAUCCAAGUGCCACGGAAUUCGAGUUCGAAGGGAAUUUCGUUGACGCGAAGGCCAUCUCCGUGGAAGCCAAAGGGAACGGGUCGACGCUGGCUUACGGCUCCGUCCACGCGGACGUUACAGACCCAGGAUCGAGAGUGGCGUGGGUGGGGGACCCUAAGACGCCGUCCCUGAGGGUGGAUCCGGGAGGGAGGGCGCAGGUGGAAGUCCCUGGCCAUCCCCCCUGCGUGAGGAAGGAUUCGGGAGGCCCUUGCUAUUACUUCGGCCACAGCCACAACCCUGUGGAGCCUCCUCCUCCCCGCUGCGAUGACCUCGGCCUGAUCGUGUUUUGUGACGAGGUCGUGACCGAAGCGCAGCAACCGGAGAGUCCCACCGACCUGCAGCUUUACAACCGAGAGGUCCUGCGAGUCUUCCUCAGUUCUUCCACAAUUCGUACCGAGGUGGUCGUCUCCAUACCCGAGAACGACACGGUCUUAUCCCCCGACGACUAUGCCUGCCAAGAGUCGUACUGGCAUACAUGUGUGCAGUUGGUGGACGUCCCUGAGAGCUUAGAUUACCUCUACAUCAUAGCUGUUGAUUUGGACGAGGAGGGUUAUGCGAACGUGUCCAGCGGAGAUCUGUUUGAAGUGUUCAAGGCCCGCGUCGUCCGCCUGGCCCACGACGUCUACGAAGUGAUCCCCGACCCCUCGAACUCCCCCGGGAACUACAGCGUGUUCCUGAACGCCAACGCCUUCGUGUCCUGCGGCGGCGACGGGGCUCAGGAGGACUCGGGGUGCCGCGUGUACUUCGACAAAGUGAUCUAUGAUUAUAACUUUACGCUGACGAAGGGCUGGAACCUCAACAUGGUGAUUUAUCCGGUGUCUGAGGAAGAUCCUCCGCCAAGCACAAAGAUUUACAGCAUCACCUCUUUGAACGAAAGUUCUACGAAGAUGAGGGUACAGAUCCAAAGCCCCAGGACUGUCGCAAAGGCCGAGUUUAUCUUAUUCGAGGACUACGUCGCCACGAGCAGCCAGGAGGUCGAGGUGUACCUUUCAGAUUCGGGUUACGUUGUGGACGUGCCCGCGUGCGAAGGGAAAUGCGAGUUCGUGAUCCUGGGUUACGGGGUCGAUGGGUCUCUGGUAGAGACUGGGGAAGCCUACGUAAACCUUGAAGACCUGGAUGUGGACGUCGCUGAGGUGGGCAGGGAAGACGAGCAGGGCAAUUCGUCCCUUCGAGUGGAAACCACCGGGGACACCGAAGUUAUAGUUGAGGGCGUGGGGAAAUGCAAAUGGUAUAGCAGCCCUUGCUACUUCUUCCAACUUGCAAGGGAGACAGUGGAGUCUGCAACGUACUGCGUCAACAUUACCACGUUACCCAUUUACGGCCUCAAUAGAACGUGGGUCUAUCACUGCAGCGAUUCUAUGACGCCUUACAGGGAACUCCCAGGCAUCUUCUCCGUGUCCAUGGUAAACAAUUACAAGAUGGUGGUGAGUGGCAGCUUCCCUACCAACUUUACAGAGGUCGUGGUGUUCGACCCGAAUACACCUGAACAAGAGGUCUCUACCGGACACACAGAGUGUUCUAAAGUGACUGAGACUACAACAGAUUGCACGUGUAUUAUCAAUCGACCAGAUGAUGAAAGUCCUCUGAGGGUGUUGGUGACAGCGCUAGACAGCAAUGGAACUGUUUUGAGUUCGGUGAUGAUGACCUACGAGUAUACGUACCCCAAGAAGACGACGCCCACCUGGGUUAUCGUUGUGUCAGUGGUUGGUUGUCUGGUCGUCGUUACUGCAGUUGCCUCUGUCUUCUGCCGAAAGAAGAAACAGUGAAGAUGAAUUUUGUCCACGUAAAAAAAAAAAAAAAAAAAAAAAAAAAAACUUGUAAGUUAAGUGAAAAAAUGUAUUACAAAAAGAAAGAAAACUUUUGGCUUUUGGUAGAUUUUUUUUUAUUGUAGGGAUAUUAGCUUUUCAUUUUCUUUUAUUAAUUAAUAUUUGUUCUGGGGUGUAUCCAUGAUUUGCAUAAAAAAGUGGUUAAUGAAGUGAGUAACACUGUUAUAUCAUUGAUAUUAUCAUUAUUGCUGUCAUUAUUAUUAAUAUUACUAUUGUUUUCUUUAUAUUAAUAUCAUUAACAUUACCAUUAUUAUUAUGACCAAGGUCAUGUUAUUAGUAUCAAUAUUAUUGCUGUUAUUGAUAAUAAUCAGUAUUGUUUUUAUUAUCAUUCCUAUUAUUGAUGUUAUCACGUGUCAUUAUCAAUCUCAUCAAUAAUAUCAAAGUGAUUAUUAUUUCUACUAAACUAUCGUUUUGAUUUUGAUGUUUUUAAUAUUCUCUUUCAUGUUAGAGUAUAUCUAAAAUUCUUCCUUUCAUACCCAACACAGUAUCGGUAACUUGAACUAACUAGAUAUAUACUUUUAUGAUUUCGAAAUGGGAUGCAACUCUUUCCCAAUAUUCCUCAUGAAUCACAGUCCAUGGUAUUGUGUUACUCUGUGACAAAGAUACCAUUUGUUUGUUACCAAAUACAUGUAGUUUUUCAGUUUUUGAUUGAGAAAAGUAGGAGUUUUAAGGACUGGUGGGCGUCAUAUCUUCUGAAGUACUUGCAUCUACAAAAUUUGAAGUUUCUUGUACCAAACAUACAAUUAAAGAAAAAGUAUCGUUACCCUUUGCACGAACUAGAAUGACAAAGCGUUCAGUUCCUCCUUGACCAAGUAAAGAAGAGAUAUCAUUAAAAAUUCAUAUACUUUCAUUUGAGUGUAGCAUCAUUCCAGCAUACCUUCCUGCCACUUGGUAUGGUGGAAUUGCCCUUCGCAGUGCUCAGAAAGCCUUGGAUAUAUACAUAAUGUUUACUUUAUAUGAAUAAGAUCUGUCAACAGAUGGCAGUGACCUAAAUCAGAUGUAGAGAGAAGAGGUAUUAUGUAGAUUGUAAUAGAUCAAAGGAUCUAAAAAUAAAAAUAUAAGUUAAUUAUGAAUUCUGAGAAGGGAAUGAGAUAAUAUAUAAAAAACAAAGCCUUGACUGUAACCUAAGAUAUACAUUUUUAAGAACAGUGACAUUGCAUAUUCCCGUAACACUUGAUACAUCACCAGUUACAUCAAGAUGCAGUCCUCAACCCAGUUAUGAUGGUUUAUCUUAUGACAAACUAUGCUGGGUGUCGGGUGCAGUCAGCCGCUGGAGUGAAAGUUAGAGGCACCGGAAACAUAUGAUUUACAUAGAAAGAGGGAUCUGGAAAACAUGGAGGGUAACAAAGAUAUCUUCUGGAUUAUGAUAUGAAACCAGAAUAGUAAUGAUAGUCAAUGUGAGUGCGUAAGGAUUUUUCCAAAUGGUGUAUGGAGGUUUUCACACUCACCCAGUAUCUCACAACUAAUAUUAGAAACUGAGGAACACUAGGUAAUGAAAAAAAUGAAAAAGAAAAAAAUAUAUAUAAAAUACGAAGACGGAAAAAAGACAAAACUACAUGAUUUACAAUGUUGAUAGUGUAUAUGUAACUGUAACAAAAAGAAAGUGGAAAAUGAUACAAAAUAUCACAUACAAGAACUCAUCAACAACACAGCACUGUCUCCUCUAAAUGUAAUAAAAAUAAGCAUAUUUUU